AGGUAGUGGCGGUUAUAAAUCAUCAGACAAAGACAGUGAAAAAGCCGAUCUAAAAUCACGAUCUGAUAGCACCAGUGGUGGACCGCCAGGUGAUUCUAUCUAUACAACCCCAGCGGGUUUUCACCAUCAACAACAGCAGCAACAACAACAACAACAGGCUCAAGCACAGGCCGUACAAGCCUCACAGCAAAUGCAUCCACAUCAUCAGCAAUUAGCAGCAGCUGCUGCUGCAGCUGUUGCCAAUAAUCAUGGACAUCAUGGAUCACCCGAAGCAAUGAAGAUGUUUAAACCCUGUACCACAAAAACUUCCAUUGUUAAUCGUUCUUUUGAUGAAAUGGGAAAUUUAUUGUGGCAACAAGAAGCAGCCGAAUUUGUCGAACAAUAUCCACAACGUAGAAGACCCAAAACUGCUGCAUUACUGUUACGACAAAGUGCCUCGGCUGGUACUUUGUAUCGUAAACCGGAAACUGUGAUGCCUAUUUUAAAUAAACGAGCCAGUGGCGGUGAAUUAUUAACAGCACAGCAAAGACAUCAACGUGAUUUGUUUAGUGGCGAAUUGGGUAUACCCGAUGUCAAUAGUCAUGUGGGUAGCAUGGUGCAUACUUUCGAAAAUAUGGCCCUGCAAAGACGUUUAGCCGAACGACAACGUGAACAGCAAGAAAGAGAACACAGUAAGUAUAUAGCCGAACUAAUGGCCCUGCAGGCUGCAGCUGAGACUCAAUCCGACGGCACAACACCAACUGCCAGUGCCGCCAUAGUAGCCACUACCACUACAACAAAACGAACCUUCAUACCCUCAUCUGGCACUCACAGUAGUAACAACAGCAAAUUUCAACAAUUAAAAAAGAAAACUCAUGAAACUAGACAGAAAAUCAUACAGCAGAUAUUGCAAAAUCAUCCGCUGCAUAAAGAUGUUACUAAUAUACAAAGCACUCCGCGUCAUCUACAGGGAGCUCGUCAAGCUUCCUCCAAUUCUGAAGUGUAUUAUCGUAAUAUAGAUGAAGAUUAUCGUAAGAAUUUAUUUGGCACUUUAACAAAAAGAAAAAUAAAUCCCCAAGAAUUACCUCAAGUUAUAAACACGACUACAUCAGAUGUAGAAACGUCUAGUUUUUGUGAUGAAAUUGUAGCUCAAGCUUUUGAUGAGAUUUUUGAGGCUUAUAGUGGUUUAGAAGAGGACGACGAAGAACUACAGGAAACUAAAAAAUCCACCACAACUUUAAUGCCUGGUUUUGGUAAUACCUGUAAUUUUCUUAAACAAUAUGGUAAACCCGGUUUAACACCCAAAAAGUUACCUCCCCUUAUGUUAAAUAAAAAAUCAGCGGCACCACCACCUCCCGCCGCAGCCGCCUAUCAAACAUCUUCCUCCAGUCAUACGAAACGUAAAAUUAUGCCAUUUUUAGAAAAUAAACACAGAUCCUCUACCAUACACAAUCUAUUUGAACGCCUCAAGACCCCACCCAAAAAAGUACAUAAUAAUAAUGUCAAACUAAAUAAAACUCCCUCGGAUAGUUUACUCAAAACUGAACCUUUAUUUCCUAGUAGUUCACAAUUUUUACACAAAUUUCCCGCUCAUUUACAUCUCAAUCGUGAGUUAGAGGGUCGAGAGAGUAAUGAACAUUUAGAUCAAGAUUUUCUAAGAGGUUCAACAGUUUCACAAUCAUUUGUUAGACAUUUAAAGGUUCACAAACCCUCCAAAGGUAAAGCUCCGCCUGUACCUUUGGAAACUCAAAGUGCCAAGAAACCCUUAAAGACUAGUGAGGCUUUAAGACAGGUUUUAUUAUUUUCCAAAAAGUCUCGUUCAUCAGAUGAAUUAUUGCCCGAUAAUUAUACUACCGUAGAAACACGUAAGUAUUAUCGUCGUUUAGAUGACGAUCCUAAGAGUGAAGCAAAAGUUUUACAAAAACGAUUAACUGAUGCUAGUAGUGGUUUAGUUAAUAGUGAGAAUUUGCAAGAGUUACAAAAUCAGGUAGUGGAAAUUUAGAGCGUAAGCUUCAAGGUACAUAUAAUGGUCUAGUAAGUUGUAAAAGAAAAAUGCUCAAUUUAAAAGCUCAAAUUUAUGCUGUAGAAGUAAAAUUUUUAAGAAAAAAAUAUAUUUUUAUCAAUUCCUCAAUAUUUCACAUAUUAAGCAUUUAAUAAGCAUUUAAUUAUUUAUAAAGCAUUUAAACCCAUUAAUAACAGAAAUGCACAGUAAUUAUUAUACUUAGUAGAAUUGUACCUUGCCUCAGAUAUACUUGUAUGGGGGCUAGGUAAAAUAAUGGACCGAUUUUAACCACUUUCAAUGCGCAUCGUCCCUGUCACAAUAGAAGAUCAUUUUAUCUUCAAAAUUGCGACCUGUAGUUGGAUUACAAGGUUUACAUGGACGGACAGACAGACACACGGACGGACGGACGGACAUAGCUAAAUAGACUCAGAAAAUGAUUCUAAACCGAUUGGUAUGCUUUAAGUGUGGUACAGGACUAAUAUUAUUGUGCUUUACAAAUAUCAGCACAAACCCAAUAUACCCUCCCCACUGAAGUGGUGUAGGGUAUAACAAGUCCUACUACUCGUGACUUUUUUAACUGAAAAUUUUUCAAAUAAACUUAAGCCAAAACGAUCUUUUAAAUUCCACAACCUAGACUCUUUUGGAAUAUUUCUGACUAUAUUUCACAAAUGAUCUAUUUGAUACAAAUAUUGAAUUUAAAAAGUUGAAAAGAGGGAAGUUUCGACUGCUAUGUUUUCACUCUCAACAACUUCAUGACUACAACAACUUCAUUUCUGGAAGCGGAAUACUGAUCGACAACUAGUAUCAAGAGAAAGUUGAUAUUAUUGUCAUGAUCUAUGCAUUUCUUUUAAAUAAAGGUAAUUUCCAAGCAGAAACUUCAUAGUGAUCAAUACUAGCGGAAUAGCAAAAGAUCAAAAGAUUUAUGAAUUCUUCAUAGUGAUCAAUGCUAGCAAAAUAGUAAAAGAUCAAAAGAUUUAUGAAUUCGUGGUAAAUAAAGGUAAUUUUAAGACAUUAUUUAAGUGGAAACUUCUUAAUAAUCAACAACAGCUGAAUAUCAAAAGAUCAAACGAAUUUAAAGAUCAUUGUAUUUGUACAAUUAAUCAUGAUCAUUCUGACAACUUCCAGAUAAAUUUUACGGUAUUUAAUGCCGGAAAAUCUAUGAACAAACUUACGUCCAAAAUCAAUGGACAUCUACGGUCAUGAACCUCUCGAUAUUUGUUAAGAACUUUAUUUCGUUUUUUGCAGCCAUUGCUCUAGUUUAUAGUGUAAUGAUCAAAUGAUUAAUUCUGUGGAAAUUUCUAAAACGUAUCUUGAUUAAAGUCGAUCGAUGUCUCACUUCAAGUACUUACUUAACUGAUCUACAGCAUAGCGUUUUCAUUAUUUAAGUGAUCAUCAUUUGUAAUAAUCUUAAAACAUUGUUGAAAAUUGUUCCGGCUGAUCCUUGCUCUUUCGAAAUUUGUUAGAAAACGAUUAUUUUACAAUGUAAUCCACUAACAAAAAAGAUAGACUAGGGUGUUUAUUCACAUUUCGUUUUUAGUACAUCGAAGCUUUGGAUAUAGAGUGUGGUCCACUAGAUCAAGAUCACAUUGAUUUUAUAAAAAAAAAUCAAUAUUUUAGGCAGAAAAAUCAAUAUUUUGUAUGAAAAUGAUGAUCAAACCUAAAAACCUUUAUAACUCAGUAAAUACUGGGUUUUUUUGAGAAAAUAAGCUUUAUCCAAGAUCACUUUGAUUUUUUUAAAGAAAAUCGAUGUUUAAGGCACAAAAAUCAAUACUUUGUAUGAAAAUGAUGAUCAAAUUUAAAAACCCUUAUAAUUCAGUAAAUACUGGAUUUUUUGAGAAAAUAAGCUUAAUCUGUGAUCAUUUCGAAAAGUCAAUAUUUUGUACGAAAAUGAUGAUCAAACCUAAAAACCCUUAUAACUCAGUAAAUACUGUUUUUUUUUUGAGAAAAUAAGCUUAAUCCAAGAUCAAUUUAAUUUUAUAAAGAAAAAUCUUUAUUUUAGGUAGAAGAAGAAUCAAUAUUUUGUAUGAAAAUGAUGAUCAAACCUAAAAACCCUUAUAACUCAGUAAAUACUAGGUUUUUUGAGAAAAUAAGCUUAAUCUGUGAUCACUUCGACUUAUUAUAAAAAAUCAACAAAUUCGGCAAAAAAUGUAAUCAAUACUUGGGUUUUAGAGAAAAUAAGCUUAAUCUACGAUCACUUUAUAACUCAGUAAUAAGAAGAAAAUAAGUUUAAACUGAGUUCAAUUCAACUUGAUAUUAAAAUCUAUAUUUUGAGCAGAGAAAUUAGAUCAAAAAACUUUUUUUAAUAAAAAUUCAUUAAAAAUUUCAUUGUUUUCAAGUUUAGGAACUAAACUUUUUUAUGAACUUUUUCCCUUUUAAUUACUGUGCUUUACUUAUUUUUAGCCAUUUUCUAACACAUAUUUAUUAUUAAGUCUUUUAAUAAUUUUAACAAAAUUAAAAACUUUAAGAAAUUUUAAUUGAAAAAAACUUAACACAGAACUGAUUUUAGUUAAUUUCACCAAAGAUUUUUUUUAGUUUGUGUAAAAAAUAAUUUAAUUUAAAAACUGUAAAUAAUAAAAUACAAAAAUUAAUAAUAUUAAUAGAAAAAAAAGCUCAACUAAAAUUUACAAAAAAAAAUAAAAGUUAAACAAACUAUAUAUAAACUAUGACUGAUUUUAUUUGCUGAAUACCAAAAUAAAAAUUAAACAAAUUUUUAAAAGAAAAACUCUUUUUACUAAAAUAAACUAAUUUUAUUUACAUAUUAUUUAAUUUAUUUUUUCUUUUUUUCAUAACAAACAGAAAAAGCUACUUUUUUAUAGAAAAAAGAAUAUUUGUUACAAAAAAAAAAAUUGAGUGAAAAAUCAAAAAAAUAAAAAUAUUUCCCCGCCGCCAAGAGGACAAAACGAUUUUGCCAUAAUUUUGAAGGAAAAAAAAACUAAAACCAAAAAUUUAUAUAUAAUUUAAAUUUUAUUUUAU